CUCUCAGAAAAUCCUAACCUAAGAACUCUAUACCGGGUCUCGUGGUUGAGCUCAACAAGGAGUGAAUUUCGUCAUUCUCUUUUUGCAUUUUCAUCACUUAAUUAAAGUUAUUGGCAACGAUUUUUAUUAAAUGGCAUCAAGUAAGAUGGAUUUCACCGGAAAAGUUGGAAAACUUCCACCUGGAAUGAAUGUCGGUGUUUCGAUUCUCGCUGCAGUCGGUGCCGCCGCUUUUGGAAUUUCACAGUCGAUGUUCACAGUUGAAGGAGGUCAUCGCGCGAUAAUUUUCUCGCGUUUGAAGGGAGUUCAGAAGGACAUUUUCACCGAAGGAUUGCAUUUUCGCAUGCCCUGGUUCCAAUACCCAAUCAUUUACGACAUCAGAAGUCGACCCAGAAAAAUUUCCUCGCCCACGGGAUCGAAAGAUUUGCAGAUGGUCAACAUUUCUCUUCGAGUUUUGUCUCGACCUGAUGCCUUGACUCUGCCUGUUAUGUACCGGCAACUUGGUCUUGAUUACGACGAAAGGGUGUUGCCGAGCAUUUGCAAUGAGGUGCUGAAAUCCGUGGUGGCAAAGUUCAAUGCCUCGCAGCUGAUAACAAUGCGACAGCAAGUCUCAAACAUGAUCCGAAAGGAAUUGACAGAGCGCGCCCGGGAUUUCAAUAUAAUCCUCGAUGACGUUUCCAUAACCGAGCUGAGCUUCGGCAAAGAAUACACAGCGGCCGUCGAGGCGAAACAAGUCGCUCAGCAGGAGGCGCAGCGAGCCGCUUUUGUCGUUGAACGAGCGAAGCAGGAGAAGCAGCAGAAAAUUGUGCAGGCCGAGGGAGAAGCCGAAGCUGCCAAAAUGUUAGGUAUCGCAGUCAGCCAAAAUCCAGGUUAUCUCAAGCUGAGGAAAAUUCGCGCUGCACAAAGCAUUUCACGCACGAUCGCAAAUUCGGCCAAUCGCGUCUACCUCAGCGGAAACAGCUUGAUGUUGAACAUCCAGGAUCCGGCCUUCGACGACCUAUCCGAGAAAUUAAAAAGUUCAGGCGGAUCGGUAAGGAAGUUGCGGAACAUUGAGCAGCAAAUUAGGCCUAGCCUUGAAAGCCAGAAGUUGAAGGAAAUUGAUAGGAAUCACGUUCCUUUCGAAGAAUCCGCUUCCCUUAUCUUGGAAUCUGCAGAGCACGGAGCGAAAAGAAUCGUUUCCUGAAUUCAAAUCCAAUCCUUUCCUUUUUCAAUUUCGACGGAAAGGUUCCAAAAACUAGUUUUUUAAU